CACCUGAAAUCUCUGCCUCCCAGACAGACGUGUCUUCUAUUCACAAUGGUAGCGAUCAAUUUGGUUCGACUUUUGCUCGGGGACUGCCGGUCAGUGACGCUGCCAGGGCGUUGAGAUCAAUAAACAAGUCUAUGAGUCUGCAAGUGAACUUGAUUCGGUCGUCGACUUUGUCGGCAUCAUUGAACAUGCCGCCAGCAUGGCCAAAGUUAAACAUCCCAAGCUUCCUAGGGUGCCUCGGCGAGGUGCAGCGCGUGGAAGGAAGCACAGACAGCUGGAGCUGGGUCAUCGGCGAGCUCAAGCGCUGCCCGCGCGACCUUGCUACUCGCGGCGAGACUCUUUUCCUGCACAAGAUCCUCUACUUUAAUGAGAUGCCAAGAGCCAUCCGGGCGGCGUUGGGCCACUCUGCGGCCUUCUGCACGCUAGAAGAGGAUAAAAGGCACCUCCUCUUCCGUGCACUGGACGCCGAGGUGUUGGAACUGAUCAGAAUGGAUGCAGGCGAGGAGGUCGUUGGUACAAGUAAUAUCAGCGGCAAACCCAGCGGAUUGACUCUUAUCGACGAGUUGGCGCGGCUGCAGGCCUUCACGCUGUACCAGAUGAUACGGAUGUUUGGUGGUGGACUGGAGCAGCGCUUCAUUGUCGAGCAGCAGCGAGAUCUUGUUACGACGUGGGCUCUGCAGCUGCUGAGGCGAUCGAUGUCUGUGCUCGGUGGCGCCAGCCACCAUGAAUCGAGUGUUCAUCACGGUAUGGGCAGCUGGCACACCUGGAUUUUGGGUGAGAGCAUCCGUCGGACUGUCAUGGCCAUCUAUAUGUUCUAUGGUGUCUACUCACUAGCGAAGAACGGUUACUGUGCCGAGCUGCCCACGCUCGCCAAGCUCCCCGUGUCAAAGACGCCGGCUUCGUGGUAUUCAGAGGCUGCUUACAUGGCCCAGGGACCAAGGGAUGAGGAACUGCAAACAUUGACGUACGGAGAAUUCACAGACUCCUGGACAAAUUCGCCACCACGAAGGGUGGAUCAGUUUCAUAAGUUUCUUAUAGUGCCGUGUAAGGGUCUAGAAGUAAUUGUAUAG